ACGCGUGCACGAGUCGAGGAGGAAAAAGCCCUGGAUUCGUCUCGCCUGCGAUCCUCCGCUCGGCUCGGCUUCGCGAGCUCCUCCUCGGCCGGCAACUCUCGCAUCGCCAGGCGCAAGAGGAAGAAGAGGAGACGGCAGCAGCGCCGGAACAGUAACGUCGACGACGAAGACGAGCUGCUCGUCGUCGGCGGAAACGGAGCCGCCACCUCCGGCGCCGCCGGCGUCCCCAGCCAGCCCGCCGACGCGCUCGCCGCGUUCGACCAGCGACAACAACAACAACAACAACAACUUGUUCAACUGCAGCAACAACAACUGCCACCGACGGAACCCGCGGUUCCCAGCGAGGAGCAGCAGCAGCAGCAGCAGCAGCAGCAGCAGCAGCAGGGCAAACAGUCCUCGAAAAGUCGGUCUUCGCACAACACCAACGAGUCUCAACGAAUCGUGUCCAGAGGAGGAAGCGGCUCGCGCGCGGCUGCCUCCUCCCUCAGCUCCGGCAUCACGCUUCUCAAUCGCCGAGCCGCCAACAAGCGAUCGUCCAGGAGAUGCAACGCGAGCGCCCGUAGGAACGCGAUGACGAUGGAUCUCCAGAGACUGAUCACCGAGGUGCACGCCAGGCCCGCGAUCUGGGACCAGAAGAACGUCAACUACCACAACCGCGACGUCAUCCUCAAGAUGUGGCGGGAGAUCGCG